UUAUCUGUCAAGUAGUGGUGACAUUUUCAGUUGAACUAUUUUCUAGAAAGAAAAAUAAAUCGGAUUGUAGAGAUUCACGUCGUAGUAUCUAUAUAAUAACUCGCAGGUGCAUGUAUUAAAUUAUGCACAUUGUGAUUAUUUUAAUAUAAGUAAGACUAGCAUAAUAAUAAAAAUGAGUAAGCAUAUGUAUUCGACUGCUAACCUUACGGACAAGGAACUAAAAGAGCAGGGAAAUAGAUUGUUCAGUUUAAGAAAAUUCGAAGAUGCUAUGAACUGCUAUACCAAGGCUAUUAUCAAAAACCCAUCUGUGGCAACAUAUUUUACAAACCGCGCACUAUGUCACUUGAAGAUGAAAAGAUGGGAGUCGACAUGCAAUGACUGUCGACGUGCACUGGAUAUUGACAAUAAUCAGGUCAAGGGACAUUUUUUUCUUGGCCAAGCUCUGGUUGAACUUGAUUGCUAUGAUGAGGCAAUAAAACAUUUACAUCGUGCAAAUGACUUGGCUAAAGAACAGAAGUUGAACUUUGGUGAUGAUAUAGCGGCACAGCUUCGUAUCGCCAGAAAAAAGAGAUGGAAUGUUCAAGAGGAGAAAAGGAUAUCACAGGAGAUUGAAUUGCAGACUUAUUUGAAUAGGUUAAUAAAUGAUGACAUGCAGCGUAGAAUAGAAUCAAUAAAAAUAGAAAACCCUAAUGAAGAAGAGGCUAAUUCAAAAAUUGCAAAAGUUGAAGAGGAAUGUAAUAACUACAGUAGUGAACUAAAUAAUUUAUUUUCUAAAAUGGAUGAAAGACGAAGGAAACGUGAUGUGCCAGAUUAUUUGUGUGGUAAAAUAAGUUUUGAGAUUCUCAACGAGCCAGUCAUCACUCCGAGUGGAAUUACGUACGAAAAGAAAGAUAUAGAGGAACAUCUCGAGAGGGUGGGUCACUUCGACCCGGUGACGCGCGUGAAGCUGACCGCGGACCAGCUCAUACCCAACUUCACCAUGAAGGAAGUUGUCGACGCUUUCCUGCAGGACAACGAGUGGGCACUCGAUUACUAAUCGAUUAAUAAUCGAUUCGUAUCGACGUAUCGAUUAUAAUUGUAAAGAUGCAACUACAAUUUGAAAAUAGAAUUGUGAUUUCUCAUAAUUUGAAAAUGGAACAAAGCAUUUUUUCGAUUGCGUCGAUUAUAAUUUUUAUCGAUUAUUGUAUCCUGUAUAUAAUCGUCUAGAAAUCGAUUCGAUCGAUUCGUUAGUAGGUAUUAAGAAUGGAAAAUCUUUGUUAAUUCCAUGACAUUAAAUACCUUUUAGGAUUUAAAAUUGAAUUGACUAAGGACAUGAAACCUUGCCAUUUUGUGGGAAAAUAUGAAACUAAUUUCUUCAUACAUAAAAACUUGACUGUUAUAUUCUUGUUUUGUCUAUACUUUCUUUGUUUCAUGGUACUUUUUUAUUUUUUAUAUAUUAGUUACUUAACUACAAAGUAACUUUAAAUGGGUAACUUAAAAUACCUUUUCCUUGUAGUCACAACAUAGUAUUUAUGUAAGAUUUUUUUUAGUUUAUUUAAAGGAUGUAGUAAUGUGACCCUCAUGUAAUUUAAAUGUUCUUAUUUACCAGAAAAAAUGGCCGUUAGUAAAUUUAUUUAGGAAAUAAAAAUUCCCUUUCGAUUACAACAAAUACAUUUAGUACUAAUAUAUGGCUAUAUAUUCGUAUUAUUGUAGUUAUAAAAAAUAACCUUGUAUAAAAUUUAAAAUUAAAUGCGAUAAUAAUUAGAUGCAGUAAACCCAUAUUACAAUCAGGAUCUGUCCCACAACUGGCUGAUAGAGACUCAGAUAGUUAAAUUGACGUCACUCAUAAAGUAACAAAAUCCGUUACAUAUUUUACACGUUUCAUUGUUAUCAGACAAUUUACAUUUUGGUGGGACAGGCCCUUAUAAUUGUAUAUUAUUCGUAUCCUUGCUUGUGUGUUAUUUUCACAUUUAUAUAGUUUUUAUAGAAAAUAACUUUAAUUAAACAUUUUAAUAUUAAAAUGUUUGCAGUAAAAACUCCGUGUAAAAUUAGUGCUAUAAUAAUUCCCUGCUUUACUAAGUUCUAGAUUAAAUUUUAAUUAAGGAAAUAAUAGUUUCGAAAAAUAGUUUUUCCAGUCAUUUGGUAGAAAUCUUCGGUGUUUAUAUUUAAAAUUAAUAUGUAAGUCUAUGUGAUUUAUAUUAUUCUUGUAGAGAAUUACACGCGUAUAAAUUAAACGGAAAAUGUAUACAUUUGUAUUUUUUCAAA